AUGGCUGGUGGAGAAGAGAUUCUCGAGACUGUGGUGCUCCGGGAAAAGACGGCGGCCAUCGAUGCAGCCAAAUAUCGAUCGUCAAAACACACUGCUUCAACGGCCUAUUUCUAUUGUGAGAGCGACCGACCGGACGAGCUCAAUGGGCUCUACAUUCUUUCCAGUCUGAUCAAACAACUAUGCGAGUAUCUCCGUGCUAAAUACAAACGCUGCCCCGACGAUGUGGUAGAUGCACUGAACCACUUCUUUGGGAAGAAGCGAGUUGUUCCCGACUUUGAUGAUUUGAAGGAAAUUUUCAUCCAGUUAUUCCACAUCAUCCCAGACACGGUGUAUAUCAUUGACGGACUCGACGCAUUGAGCCCAGAACAGAGUAAAGACCUGUUUGGGCUCUUCAGGUCCCUGUUCUGCGGUUCUGGAUCCCCGCCGGAGUCGCGGAUGCUCGUUUUCAGCCGAGAACAACUGCCUGGCUACACAGGCAUUCCCCUGUUCAUGGCUGGCGUUCGUCAAAUUUCGACUACGUCCAACGUGAUGCCGGAUCUUCACACGUACAUUGAUACGAGUGUCACUGAUAAACUGAUGAGCCGGAGGCUCACGGACGAUUUAGCCUUGUUGGACGAAGUCAAGCGGGUCCUCCUGGAAGAAUCAUCUGGAAUGUUUCUUUGGGUCUAUCUGCAGUUGGAGAUUCUGUGGCAAGACUGUUUCACGGACAAUCGUAUUCGAUCAGCGCUGCGAGAUCUUCCGACAGAUCUGGAGGAGACAUACCAUCGCUGUCUUCAAAGAAUGACCUUUGCCAAUCCUUAUACAUUGCGCGUCCUCCAAUGGGUGAGUUUUGCUGCAAGACCACUCCAUAUCGACGAAUUAAAAGAGGCCGUCGCCUUUGAUCCAGAUGACAUAGUAUGGGACGCCGGAAAGAUCCCCCAAGCAGAUGUGGUGAUUGGGUGCGGUGCGAACCUCGUUGCCGUCGAUCCUUCUGAUCAAUGUGUUCGCUUUGCGCAUCCUUCCGUCAAGACAUAUCUGCAGAAGAAUUCAGCAAGGUUAAUUCCAGGGUACCCAAAAUCCGAUAAGCAGGGCGAGCUCCAGUGCGGAGAAUUCUGUGUUGCGUAUCUGUCAUUCUCUAACUUCAACCUCGAACUGGUGAACCCAGCCAACGAGACAGAAGUGGUAAAAGUGCCGGAUCCCAAACUAUUCGCCGGCGAUGCAUUAGCAUCUCCCUUGCAACUCUCGUUGAGUUUCAACGAAACCUGGAAUUUCCACCCUUGGGUGGUCGGCGGCCGCUCACAAACCUCACGCCUACAUGGCCUCUUCGGAUGGGCCGUUAAGGAAGGGCACAUUCCGCUGUUGGAGUUGGCACUCACUUCCGAUCGAGACAUACGGGAGAUCUGUAACCUCCCGUUGGUCGAUGAGCGGCUUCCUGCACUUCAUGUCGCCUCAAAAAUGGGGCUUGCGGACGUCGUCAAUCUCCUUCUACCUAUGUGCGAAUUGAACUUGCAAGACGAAGAAGGAUAUACUGCCUUACACCAUGCAGCUAGUAAGGGGCAUGGAGGUGUUGUAGCCAUGCUUCUAUACUCAGGAAGCACGAAAAUAGAUAUCCCGUCAAAGACCCAAGUUACACCACUUUGGCUAGCUGCCAACCAUGGCCACUGCGACCUCGUGCGGGCUCUGACUGAGAGACAAGCGAACCUUGAAGCCAGAGAAAGUUCUUCGCAACGGACGCCUCUUUCACAGGCUGCUAGCAACGGCCAUCAAGCUGUUGUCGACUUUCUUGUGUACAGGGGAGCGAAUCUGGAAGCAAAGGACGCCGGUGGUCGGACACCGUUAUCCUGGGCCGUCAUGAAUGAGCAUCUGGACACGGUCGAGCUGUUACUUGAGAGAGGCGCCAAUUCUGCUUGUAGAUUUGCGAACAAAGGAAAAUUGCUGUUAUGGGCAGCGCAGACUGGACAUGCUGCUAUCACAGGCUUGCUAGCUGCGAAUCCCGAGACGGAUCUAAACGCCACCGAUGACAAAGGGCUAACAGGGUUAUGGUGGGCUGUCCGGAAUCAGCACUUGGAGAUCGCGAAGAUUCUUCUUGACUGCGGGGCAAAUCGGGAGAUCCGAGAUGCUGACGGCCAGACGCCUCUACUGUGGGCAGCGAGAAAUAGGCACGAGGCACUGACUAUAUUACUGCUCAAAGAAGGCGCGGCUAUCUCUGUUCAGGAUAAACACGAGAGAACAGCGCUUUUCUGGGCUGUCGAGCAUAGCCACGAGGGAAUAGUCAAGUUACUGCUGGACCGGAUCGGAGACCACAAGGGAAAGAACCAGUUACUCAACUUUAUUGCCUUGGGGCCUGUACGAACGCGAACUGACACAGUGGACUUAUCCCUCGGCAGAAAUGGAGACUUUGAGGAUAAGACGCCGUUACUGUCAGCUGUAAGGAAAAGCUUCGAGUUACUGGCUCAGCGGUAUAUGGAGCGUAACACCACCGUGGACCGAGAAGGUCUUCCCAGACAGGCAACUUGGAUGUGGUCCACAGGGGACGGGCAAAAGGCCCUACUCGAGCUGCUCCUUGGAAAGAGUAAAGAUGACGUCGAGAAGUCGAACUGGUCCCUCCUAGAGGCUGCAAAGCAGGGCAAUGCGCACUCCGCGAAGCUGCUGGUUGACGGAGGCACUGAUAUCCACACGAGAACUCUUUACGGGGAGACACCACUAUGGUGGGCUGCAAGAAAUGGACAUGCGGCGCUUGUAGAAUUUUUGUACGACAGGGGUGGAGAUAUCGAAUCUAAGGAUAAGUUUGGCCUCACGCCAUUAGCUUGGGCGGUUGAGAAUCGACACUGGCCAGUUGUCAAGCUACUGCUUGGCUGGGGCGCUGACAUUCGGGCUUCCGACAAGUCUGGCCAGACACCACUCUCUAGGGCUGAUGCCAGGGGAAUGCGAAGUCUAUUACUUAGGCAAUGA